AUGGCGUUUCUGUUCUGGAAUUACUCUACAAUAACAAACUUGUCAAGAGCUUCGUUUAUCGGACCCGGUCAUGUUCCUCUAGAGUGGCACCCACAUGAAGCCGAGAAGAUUUCUCCAAAGGAGUCCCUAGACUCAUUACUGCAGUGGUGCGAGCCGUGUUCUGGUUAUAAAGUGCCUCGCUCACAUCAUUGUUCACAUUGCGGACGGUGCUCAAUGAAAAUGGAUCAUCAUUGUCCUUGGAUUAACAAUUGCGUUGGUCACCGAAACCAUGCAGUGUUCGUUAGAUUCCUGCUUUCUGCGGUAGUCGGAUGUGUCCAUGCGUUGGUGAUCCUUAUUGCGGCCUUCUAUCAUGCUAUUCAUUUCAAUUAUUAUUACCGAUAUGGUGAUGGCAGUGAACCCAUGAUACUAUUAACGUUCUGGUCCUUGAUUGGAAUGGUGAUCGCUAGUGCCUUCGCCUUCGGCGUUAUUGUAGGCGUUGGUGGCCUUCUUUAUCUUCAGUUGAAGUAUAUUAAAAACAACAAGACCGGUAUAGAGGAAUAUAUAGAACAGAAGGCUGUGUCUUAUCGCAAAGAAGAAGACUGCGACUGGGAAGACUUCGUUUAUCCAUACGAUCUUGGAUGGAAGCGAAAUUUUCGUGAAGUUCUGUUCUCGUGGUCGGGAGAAACAACAGGGAACGGUGUUUGGUGGCCGGUACGGAAAGGAUGUGACCAAUUCUCUUUAUCGCGUGAACAAUUACGACAAAAGGCGUUGAAGAGGUAUAUGGCGCGAAUUGUUGUCGUGGUGAAGAGUUUUCGAGGAGGUAUCUUCGGUUCAAUGUGCCUUGGUUGUCGAUUGUUCAUUUGCCAGCCCAUCAGCGAAGAACCUCGUCUCAAGGUAUCUGUAAAUGAAGAGUACGUAGUCACACGAGGUCAACGCGGAUGGCUCUACGGCUAUAAGGUGGACAAUGAAAAGCUCAAAGGAUGGUUCCCGCGAAUGUGCAUUCCGAUUCACUGA